CGUGACCCAGUGGGUAGUGUGCAACGGUGGACGAAGGUGUUUGAUUAGGGAAGAGGCGGUGGGUUUCCGUGUAGUCGUGGAUGAUUGGAACCGGAGGAGGAGGAGGAAAGUGGAGAGUGGAGGGUGGAGGAAAGGUGGGUUGUGAUUGACGAGGUGUUUGCGAGGAGUGGAUUGAUGGUGAGGAGGUAAUUGUGGAAGUGGGUUUUUAGACGUUUUUGUGGCGGGGGGUGUGUGGAAGGAGCAGGAGGAGGAGGAAGGUUUGGUGAUUGAUUCAAAGAGGGGAGAGUGAUUGUUGUGUCGGUGGGAGGGAGAGUCUGGAGGUGGAGGAGAAGUGGGUGUGGUGACGAUGAUUAACGAGCGGAGGGUGAUUGAGUUGGAGCAAGGAUGGAAUUUCAUGCAGAAGGGGAUUACGAAGCUAAAGAAUCUGCUGGAGGGUGUGCCCGAGCAGCAGUUCAGCUCCGAGGAAUAUAUGUUGCUCUAUACAACAAUUUACAAUAUGUGCACGCAGAAGCCUCCGCAGGAUUACUCUCAGCAACUCUAUGAUAGGUAUAGAGAGUCCUUUGAGGGAUACAUUAAUUCCAAGGUGCUACCUGCUCUCAGAGAAAAACAUGAGGAGUUCAUGCUUAAGGAGCUUGUGAAAAGAUGGGAUAAUCAUAAAAUAAUGGUUCGAUGGUUAUCCCGGUUCUUCAAUUACCUAGAUCGGUACUUUAUCGCUAGGCGGUCACUUCCUGCAUUGAGCGAAGUCGGUCUGAUGCGUUUUCGCGAUCUGGUCUACGAAGAGAUGAAGGUCAAUGUGAAAGAUGCAGUAAUUGCUCUUAUUGACCGGGAGCGCGAAGGCGAGCAAAUAGAUCGGGCACUUCUUAAGAAUGUCCUUGGUAUCUUCGUUGAAAUUGGAAUGGGUAACAUGGAUGCUUACGAGACUGACUUUGAGGCAUUUAUGCUUGAAGAUACAGCUUCGUAUUACAAGAGAAAGGCCUCGUCUUGGAUUCAAGAGGAUUCAUGUCCUGAUUACAUGCUUAAGGCCGAGGAAUGCUUGAAGAGGGAGAGAGAAAGGGUUGGGCACUACUUGCAUGCUAGCAGUGAGCAAAAACUGCUUGAGAAAGUUCAACAUGAACUCCUGACUCAAUAUGAGACACAGUUACUUGAGAAAGAGCAUUCAGGCUGUCAUACUCUGUUGAGAGAUGACAAGGUCGAUGAUCUAUCAAGAAUGUAUCGGUUAUUCUGCAGAAUCCUUAAGGGUUUGGAUCCCGUGGCAGCUAUUUUUAGAGAGCAUGUUACAGGCGAAGGCACGGCCUUGGUAAAACAGGCAGAAGAUGCAGCCAGUAACAAAAAGGCUGAGAGAAAAGAUAUCGUUGGAGUGCAAGAGCAGGCCUUUGUGCGGAAGGUGAUUGAACUACAUGACAAAUAUCUGCAGUAUGUCAGCGACUGCUUUUUAAAUCAUUCUCUUUUUCACAAGGCAUUGAAAGAAGCUUUUGAAGUCUUCUGCAAUAAGGGUGUUGCUGGGAGUACAAGUGCAGAACUCCUGGCCACAUUUUGUGAUAAUUUAUUGAAAAAGGGAGGAAGCGAAAAGUUAAGUGAUGAGGCGAUCGAGGAUACACUUGAAAAGGUGGUGAAGCUCCUUGCAUACAUCAGUGAUAAGGACUUAUUUGCAGAGUUCUACAGGAAAAAGCUGGCUCGAAGGCUGCUCUUUGACAAAAGUGCCAAUGACGAUCAUGAGCGCAGUAUCUUGACCAAGUUGAAACAGCAGUGUGGAGGACAAUUCACCUCUAAGAUGGAGGGGAUGGUAACAGAUCUGACACUUGCACGCGAAAACCAAAUAAACUUUGAGGAGUAUUUGUCGGAUAACACCCAGUCAAAUCCAGGCAUCGAUCUGACAGUAACAGUUCUUACAACUGGCUUUUGGCCCAGUUACAAGUCUUCAGAUCUGGCUUUACCAGCAGAGAUGGUAAAAUGUGUGGAAGUGUUUAAGGAGUUCUAUCAAACGAAAACAAAGCAUCGGAAGCUGACUUGGAUAUAUUCCUUGGGAACUUGUAACAUAACAGGAAAGUUUGACGCUAAGCCUAUUGAGCUUAUUGUCACAACAUAUCAGGCUGCAGUGCUGUUGCUUUUCAAUGCUGCGGAUAGGCUGAGCUAUAAUGAUAUUAAGAGUCAGCUUAACCUUACAGACGAGGAUAUUGUUAGAUUGUUACACUCAUUGUCAUGUGCGAAGUACAAGAUUCUUAAUAAAGACCCAAUCACCAAAACUGUUGGACAAAGUGAUAUCUUUGAGUUUAAUACCAAGUUCACUGACAAGAUGAGGCGGAUUAAGAUUCCUCUGCCGCCAAUGGAUGAAAAGAAGAAGGUGAUCGAGGACGUGGACAAGGACAGGCGAUAUGCUAUUGAUGCUUCUAUCGUCCGGAUCAUGAAAAGUCGUAAAAUGUUGCCUCAUCAGCAACUGGUAUUGGAAUGUGUUGAACAGCUUGGGCGGAUGUUCAAGCCCGACUUCAAGGUGAUCAAGAAGCGAGUUGAGGACCUUAUUGCUCGUGAAUAUUUAGAGCGAGACAAGGACAAUCCCAACGUGUUCAAAUAUGUGGCGUAAUGAGUCAGGAAACCUCAGUUUGAAGCUCACUCGAAGGAGACAACUCUUGUUGGAAGGAUACCGCUGAACUAGGAUUUGCACAUAAAUACAUUGCUCAUGGAAUCUUGUCGACAUGCUUUAUUAAGAUCCAGUUCGUACUUGUUUAAAUUUUGUGGGAUUGUCUGGGUUCGAACCUAGCCAGUUAUAUAGAUUUACGAGCAUGUCUCUGAAUUGGUAAACCUUACAAUAGAGCUUGUGUAAGAGUUUGUAUUGCCAUUGUCUUUUUUUUUUUUUUUUUUUUUUUUUUUUAUAAAAAAAUAGAUGUAGAAUGGGUAACUGGUACCUGCCAUAAUUAGUGGUAGUUAGUACAGUGGUUAGACUAAUUGAUGGGUAGGACAUAAAUGAAAUUCAUAUAGCACAACACAUGUAUCUACACAUUUUGCUUAACAGCAAACGCCAACUUUGCAGUCUCUUGCAACUUUAAGUCA